AUGGGUCAAACUCAAUUAUCCCAUUCAAGCAAUGAAGUGAAUCCAAUCCACUCCGAAGACUACGCCUCGGCUGAGACCUAUACUACAACUCAGACAGAAGAAUCCCUAUCCGCUCCAGAUCCCCGUCAGCAGGAUGAAGCGCAAAAGACAGAGAACCAUGAAGUACCCAAUGGAGGUCUCGUGGCUUGGACCCAGGUCAUGACUGGGCAUUUGGUUGUAUUCAACGUCUGGGGUUAUAUCACAUCCUAUGGAUUUUUCCAAGAAUACUACGUCAGCCAUCUCCACGUCAGCCCAGCUAAUGCCUCGUGGAUUGGGUCCCUGCAGAUGUUCCUGGUCCAUUUUCUGGCUAUGUUCUCCGGCCGGACAAUGGACGCCGGCUACCUGCGGUACUGCAUUGCAACUGGCUGCUUAUUCCAAGUCGUGGGAGCCCUUGCAACAUCCUUUGGCACCAAGCUGUGGCAUUUUUGGCUGGCGCAGGGUGUUGUCAGUGGCAUUGGCCACGGACUUCUGUUCAGCCCAAUGAUCUCGCUGUACGCGACAUACUUCACCUCGAAACGAGUCAUGGCUGUCUCAUUGGCUUCUUGUGGAGCAGCCUCUGGGGGGAUCGUGUUCCCUGUCAUCGCAUACAAGUGCUUGGACGUAAUUGGGUUUGCAUGGACAGUCCGUGUCAUGGCGCUCAUCAUCCUAGUCAACAGUGUCAUCAUUGUCACUUUCACCCGGUCGAGGAUUAAGCCUCGCAGUCCCCCUCCCUGGGUGGACUGGAGGGCGUUCGCGGAACGCCCUUACCUCCUUUUUUCGAUCGGCUCGUUUUUGAUUUUCGAAGGGAUUUACUUCGCAUACAUCUAUGCUCACGCAGGGUUCAAUGCGUCGGACUCGCUCCUCUUGCUCAUUCUGAUGAACGGGGUAGGUAUUCCCUCUCGAAUUGUGUCAGCAUUCGUUGCAGAUCGGUGGCUGGGCGCGGUGAGAACCUGCAUUGCGGUUUCCAUCCCUUGCGGCAUUGCGAUCCUCGGGUGGAUUGGUGUUCACGACCACACUGGUAUGUUCGUCUGGGCUGCUGUCUAUGGGUUGAUGGUCAAUUCUGCCCAAAGUCAGCUCCCUGCUGCCCUUGCAUACUUCGGCUCGAAAGACCCGGAAAGGUCAGGCACGCGUGUCGGGAUGAUCACUACGAUCAAUAGUAUCCCGUUACUGACUGGGCCCUACAUUGCCGGGCGACUGAUCGACUUGCGGGGAGGAGAUUACCUGUACGCUCAGCUAUUCGGAGGCAUUUGCAUUCUGACUGGGGCGUUGUUUGUAGUCGGGUCUCACUUGUCGGGGGCCUAG